ACGUGAUCUUUAUUUAUGUAAUGCAAUGGUGUUACACAGUAACCUAGCUUCGUGGCCGUGGAGAAGUAGGCUACAGGGGUUAAUAGCGGACUCGGAUUACUAAAGAGAAAUAACAUUAAUGUGCGGAUUUACCGACCUCGGUCGUGCGGCGUGUUUGGACUUUUUGGAGCAUCGAGGAAACCGGCGUAUUGGACUGGGAGCCGAGAGUCUUUAUUGAAAAGGGGAGAUGGCAUUUGUCCCAAUACAGAGACUAAGUUAGGGCUGGAAACGAACAAUGUCACUGAAUGUGUUGAACACGAAAAGAAAAUUUGCCAGGUGAGCGUAUGAGGACUCAGUUUGGCAGCAGGACGGAAAGCGGUGUGCUUUAGGCAGAUGUGUGACACUAUUAUUAGUGCAUCGCCAGCUGCCAGCAUGUAAUUUAAAGGGUCCUUGCAGCAACAAUACCCCCAAACCGUCUAUCUGCAGUGCUUUGACGAACAAAGCGACAGUUCUUCCCGUGGGACACUGUACUAGUGACAUAACCAGUUAAAAAAAUGGAAAUGCUGGAGUGCCCCCUUUGCCUCUGUCUGAUGUGCGAGCCGGUGACCGUGUCCUGCGGCCACACGUUCUGCCGGAGGUGCGUCGGGGGCUACCUGCCUUCCAAAUGUCCGCUGUGCAAAGACAGGCUAAAACAAAAGGAGGUGAAAAACACGAAGAACAACGUCCUGCUCAUCGGCGUCGUGGAAAAGUGCUGGCCCGAAGAGAAGAGGAUGAAGUGCCAAAUUCAGGAGAAACUCAAAGCCACCGAGUUCGCGGAAGCGUUACGCAUCGCGAACGAGGGGCUGAACUUAGUCCCAGACGACCAGAGUUUGAAGGUGUUCAGGGCCGAAGCGAACUUGGGCCUGAGGCGUUUCGCCGACGCUCUGAUGGACCUCGACUACCUCUGCUGCCUUCGCCCCAGCUGGACAGAGGGCUCCUUUCAUAAAGGGAAUGUACUGCUGGAAAUGGGUGAGCAGAAAGAAGCCCUCAUCCACUUCCACCGUUGCCUAAAACUUCAAGCUGAUUUUGUUCCCGCAAAGAGCCAGAUUAAGAAGAUCCUGGAGGCAGAGGGAGUGGAAGUGCCGGAGGAUGUGCCCUGCAUUUUGCAGGCGGUGUCCGAGCACCUAAAAGAGCCCUGUCCUAUCACAACCCUCGGCGGCUCGCAGGGGCCGGUUCAUGCUGAAGGCUUCAAACAUCCUCAUGGAGAUAAGGGAGAAGGAAAAGGGAGGAGAGAUACACAUCAGGUGAAGCAUGACACGGGUACUGAAUGCUGCCUCAGCCUCUGCCAAGCGGUUUCCUUCCUCCCCGCUGCUGACGAGGAUGAAGAGAUGAUGACGAGGAAAGAAGACUGGCACGGCAAGUUCUUAGGUGAAAGUUAUCAUCAGAGGAAGAACGGCAUGGUUGUUCUCACCGUGUCAGACUUUGAGUGCCCUCUCUGCAUUAGGUUAUUUUUUGAGCCAGUCACAACUCCUUGUGGGCACACAUUCUGCAAAAACUGCAUCGAGAGGAGCCUAGACCACAACCUCCGCUGUCCACUCUGCAAACAGCCGCUGCAAGAGUACUUCAGAAACAGGAAGUACAACCCCACAGUUCUGCUCCAGGACAUCAUGACCCAACUUUUUGCCCCCCAGUUGGCUGAGAGGAAACAGGUCCACGAUGCUGAGAUGGCUGAACUGUCCAAUCUCACUAAGGACAUCCCUAUAUUUGUCUGCACCGUGGCCUACCCUGGAGUGCCCUGUCCACUGCAUGUGUUUGAGCCUCGCUAUCGGCUGAUGAUGCGCCGCUGCAUGGAAACCGGCACCAAGAAGUUUGGCAUGUGCAGCUACGAGCAUGGCAGAGGAUUCGCAGACUAUGGCUGUAUGCUGGAGAUUCUCGAUCUGGAGCUCUUGCCUGAUGGACGUUCUUAUGUGGAAACAAUUGGUGGCAGCAGAUUCAGGGUGCUGAAAAGAGGCCAAAGGGAUGGUUACCACACUGCUGAUAUAGAGUACCUAGAGGACAUCAGGGUUGACGGCAGCGAGUUGGAGCUUCUGCAGCGUCUGCACGACAGCGUGUACCAGCAGGCCCAGGAUUGGUACCAGCGCCUCGGCAGCCGCAUCCGCGAACAGAUUAACAGACAGUAUGGUGCCAUGCCGGAUAAGGAGGACAACAUUCAGGCUUCGCCUAAUGGUCCAGGAUGGUGCUGGUGGCUGCUGUCUGUUCUCCAGCUGGACCCCGCCUAUCAGACCACCGUCCUGUCCCUGAAUUCUCUCAAAGAUCGCCUGGGACACCUCCGCCUUGUCCUUGAGUACUUCUCUCAGAGCUAGACCCUCUGGCACAGUGGUACUGAGACCACAGCUAGCUGACACCAAUACUACGCACAACACAUUAAAAAAGGAGUGAAAUCAAACAAACGCACGCACGACACAUUUUGAGUUUCGAGGUUGGGUUCGGGACUAUCCUGUAUCGUUUCUAGGGACUGUACUCGAGUCACAACUGAAGGCCAGAUCACCUGGCUGCUAGCUAAAAGCUUGUGAUUUUUAUCACACAAUCCAGUUGGUCAGAGUCAGGUUUUUGCUGUUUUGAGUGUUUCAUAUAUUUCUUACACCAGAAUAUUCUUCUGCACACACGCUGUACGUGCUGUACCAGUGAGAACUACAGGGUUGACCAAAGAUUGAUCAUGAAUUGUGGGGAUAUCGAUAACAUUGCAGAAAACUAACACUGGGUGUCACUGUUUUACUCCAGUUGUUACACAUAGAAAAUCAUGCAAUAGCAUCAGCCCAACUGUUAAACAUGCAUAUAUGGUCUACUUCAGCCGCACUUGAUGCAUUGUUGCAAGUAAGCAUAAACAGCAAUCUGCACUUAAUUUGUAGAGAUAUUUUUGCAAGACUAUGAACCUCCAGAGGGUGAAAGUUCAUGUGCCAAAAUAUUUUUUGGGGAAAUUCACAGCGAUUGUCUUAUGCUAUACAGCACUAUUUGUAAUGCCUGCAUGUUAACUGCAUCUACGCUAUUGACUAUGACUAAGUUUUUACUAUUAAAGAAUAUUCUAAGAUCCCUAUUUAGCUGGUGAAUAAUCCAGUAAUUUAUACUAUCACAUGGCAGCAACCGGAGUAUCACUUUUUAAAGAAUAAAAGCUGCUGUUUUUUUCUUUUUCUUUUUCAGUGAAAUGAUGGCAUUGAGAUAGCAGCAGGUUUGCGUUAUGCUACGAACCUGCGAUUAUGCAUGCUGAUGGUCAAGUAGCAGCACAGCACUGCAUGUAAGUGUGUCAGGUGUAGAAUAACAAGUCACUCUUGUCACAUGUCAUUUUUUCCCCUUCUUUCUUUUUCGUGUUUUGGUUUUUUUUAAAGUAGAUAUGGUGUGCUGUCUGCACUGAUAACAGUUACUGUAAAGUUUGACGUGCACGGCAAACGUUCUGUGCUGGGACGGCUGUAAAAUCAUUUGGUUAUAACAGGAGUCUGUGUAGGAGGUGACACCUAACUCUGGCCCACCUACCACCAAAGUCGUGGUGCCUUUGAGUGCCUGGGCUGACCCACCAGGAGACCUGCAAGUCUUAGUUUUUACAUGGCGUUGAUGAUGAACUGGGUGAUCUUUUGUGGAUAUAGCGCUACAUUCCGUGGAAUGUUGAAGCUGUAAAGUAACAUAGAGCUAAUUUACUAAACACUACAGGCUUAACUGGGUGAUUGUUUUUUUGUUUUUUGUUUUUUUUAAAUUUGAUACAUGUGCCAUUGAUAUUUCUAUAUUAAUUGCUUUAUAGAAAUAGCUGGACAACUUGUCACUGUGUUUAUGUCUGUCUACAUCAUGGAUGCUGAAGCUAGCCUUGAUUCCUUUUAUGCCUUUUGUAUGGUGGGCAGCAAACUUUUUUUUCUAACAUUUCUUGGCUAACAUAUCAUUUUAAAUAAUAAGAAUUAGACCAGCAACACACUUAACAGAUAGAGUUUGUGUGACAGAGAGUCAAAACCCCGCUACAGAGACCGUUUAGAUAUAGCUUAGGCUCAAAAGAAAAAGGCUGUUCUUCAAUUUCACGUGCACGGUUGAGAGUUUUGAGGUAAUCUGAAGAUGAAGGUAGAAUCAGAGAUGACAAUGAAUGUGCUAUAAAAAUAAAACACGAAAGUCAGUUUCCUGCUUCCAGACAAUAAAGCUAAUUCAAAUCAGAAAAGGGAUUUAAUUCCAUGUCUACAGAGGUGAUUUUUUUUUCCACCUCUCUGACUCAAUUUCUAACACCAAUACUUUUGCACAGUAAAAUCAUUUUGGUGGGGCUUUGUUUUCUGAUGCUCACCUACAGUCCCUCACACCUCUGGCAUGUUUCUGUUUGUCAGUGUUAUUGUUUGAAGAGAUUUCCAUGAAUAGAAUAAUAAUCUCGAUCAUAGCCAGCUAUGUCACGUUAGUUUACCCUGCGCCGCUGUGAGAUUACAAUUCACAAUGUUUUGUUUUUUUUACAGAACAACUCAUCCCAGUCUAACUCUUUGUCAACUUAGUGUUUAGCUGGUGUCCAUUCAUUGGGUAGGUUCAAACGUCUGCUAAUGCAUGCCCCCCUUUACACCCUGUUCAUUGACAUCGGUGCUACUGGACUGUCAGAAAAUGCCCACGAGCACAGUUAAACCAGUUUUCACUGAAUCCACGCCGUCUCCGAUGCUGAACACGAGGCAUAAUCAGCGACCUGUUCUUGGCAGCAAUUGCCCAUGAGAAUGAGCCGUACAGUUGUCUGCUCAGGAAAAAAUAAAAAGGCUGUGAAAAGCACCAUGGCGACUUGUUCCUGCUAUGUGCUGCA